UUUUGCAGCUUCCCCACACGUCAUGGCUCGGCGGUCCCAGAGCUCCUCACAGGGGGACAAUCCCCUGGACCCUAACUACUUGCCACCCCAUUACAAGGAAUAUUACCGUCUGGCUCUUGAUGUACUUGCUGAGAAGGGACAGGAGAGUUAUCAUCAAUUCCUGGAUGAAGAAGGAGCCCCUGACUUUCUCUGCAGCACAGAGGUAGAGCACAUCAGUCAGCAUCUACAGAAGCCCCAGUAUGCCAACCAGGAGGGCAGCUGUAUGGAUACCACACAUAGCAGUGACAUGGAUGGAUCCUCUGGGACUUACUGGCCUAUGAAUUCUGACCUUGCUGUCCCUGAACUUGAUCUGGGCUGGCCAAUGGUCUUUGGAUUCCAGGGAACUGAGGUAACAACCCUGGUGCACCCACCACCCCCAGACAAUCCCAGCAUCAAGGAAGAAGCCCGUAGGAUGAUCCGAGCCGCACAACAGGUGGUAGCUGUAGUGAUGGAUGUUUUCACAGAUGUGGAUCUGCUGAGUGAAGUGCUGGAUGCUGCUGCCCGCAGGGUCCCUGUGUACAUCCUCCUGGAUGAAAUGAACUCCCAGCUCUUCCUAGACACAGCUGCUAAAUGCAAAGUCAACCUCAACUAUGUGGAGUUCCUGAGGGUCCGGACAGUUUCUGGCCCUACCUAUUACUGCCGUACGGGGAUGUCCUUCAAAGGGCAUGUGAAAGAAAAGUUCCUGUUGGUGGACUGCAUGGUGGUGCUAAGUGGCAACUACAGUUUUAUGUGGUCUUUUGAGAAGAUUCAUCGAAGCAUUGCUCAUAUCUUCCAAGGGGAGCUGGUGUCCAGCUUUGAUGAAGAGUUCCGAAUUCUUUUUGCACAGUCAGACCCUCUCAUUCCUCCCGCCAACGUCUUGGUGAAGGCAGAAAACCAAUUUAACAUGGCUCCUUUUGGCAACAAUAUGCCCUUUUUCCCAAAGAAACCACAUCUGCUAUACCAGCGGGAUGAUGUGUUUCACCCCUUCAUGGACAGAGUUGAUCCAGAUAGACACUUCUUGUCAGCUUUUAGACGAGAUGACCUGAUGCGCCAUACUAUAGAGGGAUCAGCAAUGCGCAUGUAUUCUAAGAAGGUAGAAAUGGAGAAUUCUCAGAUUGAUCCUGUCAGAGGUUUUCUCCGCUCCAAGCAGUUAGAGCUGGAUUCCUUUAAAAGGCACAGCUUUGCUGAAGGAACCUGUGAAAACUUUUCUUCUUCAAAGCAGUAUUCUAGGCAGAUGUUUAUGAACAAUCUGGAUGAGUUUAAAAUGCAAUCCAAUCAAUUUCAAAGAGACCAGUUCUACCAAUACCAAUUUGAACAUCCCCAUGCUUGCAGCAGGCCUCAAGGAUUCUUUGAACGAAUCCGAGGUGGUAGGCCAGGAUUCAAUGAACUGGAGGACUAUACACAGGGCCCCAGAUAUCCUGAACUUGAGUCCCACUUCCAACAGGAGGGUUUUCCCUUAAGGGUAGAUUAUGAGCCCUCAGAUUCUUCCAGGGAAGUGAGGCAUGGCUCUGACCAGGCGAACCCUGCAGGGAAUGGCCCACUAGGGCUGGUGUCACUAAGGAGGCAAAACAUAGGGCAGAAAUUCAUGUGUCAGACAUCCCCCACACAGAAGCAGAGCCUGGAACAACGAAUGUUUUUACAGGACCAGGACCCAGAUCAGGACAAGAAGACCCAAGAAAAUAGAGCAGGUUUGCGUAACUGGAGGAUUUCUUCAUACUUGAGUGCAUACCAGUCUGAAACAGGAGAUGAAGGCAUCCCAAUGCCCAUGGAAUCAGAGGCUUAUAAUGAUGUUCUGAGCGUUGGAGAGCCUCUCUCAAAGUACCCCAGUGACCUGCUCCCAUCUUUCAAGCCUUCUAUGUCAUUUAAUAACAAUAAAUCAUUGGGAAUUGAAAAUGCCAAAGAGUCAGCAGGUACUGAGAGAACUGGUGAGGAGAUCUCCCCUGUGAAACAGGAUCCCUUUAGGCCCAGAAUAAAUCCUUUGGUCCAAAGGAGCUCAAGGCUCAGGUCUUCUUUGAUUUUUAAUGCUGCCAAGUUAGAUCAACAGAAUAUGACAACGGAGAAGGUUCAGAUGAUCCAAAAGGAGCAAAUAUCCAGUGAGAUUAUAAAAGACAAUGAAAGUACAAAGGCAGCCACCUCUUCUAAAGUGGCAGAGCUUUUAGAGAAGUACAAAACUGUGGGCAAAGACACAGAGAAAACUACAGUUAGUCACACCAAAGCUGUUUCCAGUUUUCUCCAGGAAGAAACCCAAAAUGCAGAGAAAAAAUGUACCAAAUCCAUGCAAUAUAAGGUCCUGGAAAGUAGAGUGCUAGAUUCAAAACAAUCCUUCAGUAGUUACAAGAUACACACUGAAUCUGAGAAACAGUUUGGUAUGUUUCCUUCAUCCACCCAGCUCCUUGACACACUGAGUAAAGACCCUAUUACAAAUAUUAACAGCAAAAUGGAAAAAUUAUCUUCUCCUUACCUGAUAUUUGUGGGGGACACUCAGGAGCUUUCUCUGCCGGAGAAGAGGGAAAAACUGACAUUCAAAAGAGACACACAGGAACAAGCUGAAAUAGAAUUCAAGAAAUCACAGGCUAAGAUAAGCACCACAUCGAUUCCUGAAAGUUUAUCCAAGAAUGAAGGGUUUGACAGCUCUCUCAGUAAAUCUGAGGAGGAAGGUGCCAAACAGGAACAGAGUCCACUGGAAUUUUUUAGGAAAGGGUCACUAAGGUUGAAACAAUUGCUAAAUCCAAAAGGUGAAAAGAAAUCAGAGGAAGAAACCAUUCUUGAGAGUGAAAAGUCUGACAAGCAAAUCAUGAGCCCUAAACGAUCUUCCAAGGGGGAAUGUCAGGAAGUGAUGGAGGACGAGAAAUCCCAAAAGAUCACAACAGCAUCGGCUCUCAAAAGCAACCAGCCAUCUCAGACUAGGUUUGCUUCUUCUACAGCAAACAUCUUAUACAGCAGUAACCUCCGGGAUGACACAAAGGUGAUUCUGGAGCAAAUUUCUGCCAACAGUCAGAAGAACAGAGCUGAGCUGGCCAAGCAAUUGCCAUCCACAAGUUAUCCUGAUCUUACCAAGUCUAUCACCAGUUUGGAAAGCAAAGGUGAGACGGAGAAAAGCUUCAGCAUUAGUAGGUCAGAGAGUUUUGGGAACCAUAAGAGGAAUCUUCAGAGGCAGCCAUCAGAGGACAGAGAUACCCUUCUGAAAAAGAUGGAGAAUAUGCGGAAGGAGAAGCGUGUCUACAGUAGGUUUGAGGUCUUCUGCAGGAAAGAUGAACCGCCAAUUCAGAGUGAUGAGGAAUAUGACACAGAUGCCAAAGACAAGAAAAUGGGGAAAUUCAUGCCUAAACUCCUGGGGACUUUCAAAACCAAAAAGUGACCUUAUAAAUGCUGCCUAAAUCCAACUCUAGGGGCUGUAAUUACUGUCUGUCAAUGGUGAAAGGGGAAAUUAUGCUCCAGUGAUGGGCACUAGUAACAUACUGUAAACUCCUUCAUAUUGUUGAGUGGGCAGUUGUGCAACAUUGGCCUCCCGUCUUGACAAACCGCAUGAUUUCUGAUACGGUUACAUGAUGAAAGGCAAUUUUACGGCAAUAGGAUACAAAUUAUUAAAAAAAUUAAAUCAAUCAGAUUGUUUAAAACAAAAAAAGUGGAGUCUAUUUAUCAUCUGCACAGGAAAGCUCCUCAGCAGAUAUAACAAGCUUGCUAUUAUUUGGGAUGGGGGUGAAACUACAAUGCAAAGCUCUGCCCUGAGCCAGGGAAGCCUAUACUUCUUAUUUAGAAGAAUAAUGCUGAUUUUUGCAUAUUUCCCAAGUUGCGAUCCAUUUCUCCUUCAUAAGUGGUGCCAGAAGGAUCUUUGACAGUUUCCAGGAGCAAGAUCAUGCAGUAAAUUCUUUGCCGUUACCUGUAGUUAUGACCCUGGCCAUCAGCACAUAUCCAGCUUUUAUACUUAGCAUUGUAUAACAUCAUGGAUAUUAUCAAAUAUAGUUGGAAAUAUUACUGCUUUAGAGGGGAUACAUGAGGGCAGCAGCAAGGGGAAUUUACACACUAUGCUGUCACAAAGAGCUGUCUCUAGUUUAGAUUAAGCAAGCUAGUAGGACACUGCAUCAAGCCUGUACAAUGCAGCUUUUGCCAAGCAGAAUCUUCCUUGAGGGUGUACUGCUAGGAGGAGGUGUUUUCAUUCAGGGAGGGAUUUGUAGCAGAGGAUAAGCCAUUUCAAGUGUUAGCAGAUUCCCUCCUUGUGAUAACAGGAGAGGAAGGAGGGGUUCUUUAUUCAAGCCCAGCUAUGGUUUUUUCUCAGAUUUCUUUCCGGUGUUUGGUACCAGACCUGGCCCAGACCAGUCUGUAUGGUUCAUACUGUGGUAUUGGAUUGUCUGGCAGGGCAGUGGGGGGGGGGGGGGG